AUGUCGUCGACUAGCAUCGAGUGUGGGGGCAGUGACGAGGAGCAGCCGCUGCUAAGGCAUAGAAGGCCACCGUUUCAUGCCUUGAACCUACAACAUUGGUACUCAUCGCCAAUCGACACAGAGCGGUGGGCUGUUCAGAGUACUAGAGAGAAGGCCAAGCGAUUUCUUUCUUCCAAGGUCGGCCACUAUUCUGUGCUCACCCUGGUAUCCCUUGAUGUUCUUGGCAUGAUUGCCGAUUUUGUUCUUAGGCUUUUCCAAUGUGAGCAAGGCAAGAGUAGCUACGACUGGGACCUUGCGUUAGACAUUCUGGGUGCUCUAGGCCUGGGAUUCUCAUGCCUCUUCAUGGUAGAAUUAAUUGCCUCAAUAUGGGCAUUCGGCUACGGAUAUUUCACCUCAUGGUUCCAUUGCUUCGACGCCUUUAUCGUUGUGGCAGGCUUUAUUACCGAUGUUGUGCUGCAUGGUGUCAUAGAGGAGGUCGCCUCCUUCAUCGUUGUGUUGCGUCUUUGGAGAGUUGUCAAGAUUAUCGAAGAACUCGGGGUUGGCGAACAGGAGCGGGCAGAGGAGUCUCAGCGUAGAAUUGAUGAGCUAGGGAGUGAGGUUGACCUCCUUCGAAAAGAGUUGGCUGGUCUCAAGCAGCAGUUAGAUAAAACCGGCGCGCAUGUAGCAGACGAUAACACGACUACUAACUUCCGCUAA